ACAGAAGAAAACACUGAGUGAGAAGAGCACAAUACGGCAGCAACAGAAGAUUUGCAGCAGGGAAUGAUCCAGAAUGGGUGAUAUUCCUCACACGCUUGUGGAAAUCGUCACCAACGCUGUGAGCGCAUUCCUGCUGAUCAUCCUCAUUUACAUCCUGCAGCACAUUUUGGACAUGCACUUCGAAUGCUCAUGCGUCGCAGGUCUGCAUUUAAAUGGUUGGCUGUAUUUGGUUGCUCCUUCUUUCAUCUUCACCUUUGUUGUUCAGAUUUUAGAGCUUCUCAGACUAAAGAGUGAAGGAUUUUCCAUAUGGCAUUGUCUUGUAUGCAACUGCCCGAACAACCAGUUAUGCAGCCAUAUUUUAAAGUUUGUUCUGAAGCUCGUCAGCAUGAGCGCCAUGUGGAUAACAGUGGUCCUGUUUGAUGGAGACUGGUAUUAUUGCCUGAAGACGAACUACAACGCCUCACAGACUGGACUUCCUUGUAAAACCAACCUGACGAUGGAGGAGCGCCGGAUCAAGAACGGUUACAGGACAGAAUCACUUGACUACGGUUUUUUUGUCCUUUUUGUUUUUUUAUUGUUAUGGAGCCUUAUUGAGAUGGUAAAAUCCUACUGCCCCCUGAAAAAUCUAAAAACGUUUGACUGUACCACUCCCUACUACAAUGUGGUGUAUGAAACAUAUCUGGCAAAGGAAGUAACGAAUUAUUUACACAGCGAGUUAAAGGAAAUAGCAAAAGAAAAAGCUAAAGCACUCUGUGGCCCACACAUUGAAAAUAUAAGGAAACACGAGCUGCCACAAAGUCAUACACAUGAUGGAAACAGCACACAAAGGAUGGACACAGUCCCAGAAACUUGGUCUAAAAUUUCAAAAUGUGAUUUCUUCCUGAAAGAGGUUACAGAUAGUCAAAUGAGUUCUCCAACAAGUCCUACAACAGGUCUUCCAGCAUCCGAUUCAAAUUCUCCAACAAGUGUUCCAAGUUCUCCAACAAGUCAUCCAAGUCAUCCAACAAGUCCUCUAAGUCAUCAAACAAGUCCUCCAAGUCAUCCAGCAUCUAAUCCAAGUCCUUCAACAGAUUCUCCAAGUCAUCCAACAAGUCAACCAGGUCCUCCAGAAAGUCCUUCAAGUCCUACAGCAAGGUCUGCUUCAAGUACUCAAACAAGUCAUUCAAGUCUUCAAGUACAUUCUCAGACAGAUAUUUUAGAACUUUUUGAUCCACUGUGGGUCCCUCCUUGCAAUAAAACUUAGUUAAAAUACAGAAAACUCAAUUAGUGUUUAGAGAAAAAAAUAAUCAAAUUUAAACAAUUCAUUAGCUGGAAGAAAAUGGAUGACUAAAAUUGAUCAAAAGAUCUAUCAAACUGUAUUAAAUUAAACAGUAGCAGUAGUGAAGUUUAUAUUCCGUACUCACAGUAUGAUACAAAUAUUUCCACUAUCUUUAGUCUCUAGCAUUUAUUUUAAAGUACUCUUUAUUUUAUUAUUCAUAUGUUGUCAAGUGCUUGAUCCUGGAUGCUUGGUGCAGUGGUUAGUGCAUUGUCUUCCUGUCAUCGAGGUUGUGAGUUCAGUUUCCUCAGAAAGGGGUUGUUGAGGUGACCUGAAAGGAGUUACUCAUUUUAUGUUUUAAAGUGAUUCGUUUCUCAAUGCCACCAGGUGGCGCUGGGUUGUUGUAAUUAGACUACUGUGGUGUGAACCAGGGCGGCACCAGUGCGGUGGGUAGCACUGUCGCCUCACAACUAGAAGGUUCUGGGUUCGAUUCCCGGAGUGUGUGUCUGUGUGGAGUUUUGCACGUUCUCCCCGUGCUUGCUCCCACAGUCCAAAGACGUGCAUUCGGUUGAUUGGCCUCUCUCCAUUGCCCGUAGGUGUGAGUGUGUGUGUGAAUGGUUGUCUGUCUAUGUGUUGCGCGACCCAUCCAGGGUGUACCCUGCCUCUCGC